AUGUUCAAAUACUUCGUGUUUGCCGUCGUGUGUGUGGCCUGUGCCAGUGCUGCGCCAGGAUUAUUGGGUCCUUCGCCUCUGAUCGGAGGUUUGCCGUUGACUGCUCCAGCCAUUUCAUACGGACACUCGCUGUCCGCUCCGUCUAUCUCUUUGGCUGGUCCGGCCAUCACCAAGAUCGCCUCACCAGGCAUCUCGCCGUUGGGACUCGGAUUGGGUCCUAGGCUUAGCAUUGCUUCGCCCGGAAUUGCCCAUGGACACAUUGGAUUGAGUAGCCUGGGACUGGCCUCCCCACUGGGCUUAGCAUCGCCCCUCGCCUUGGGAUCUCCCCUUAGCCUGGGUGGUCUCUCACCACUUGGACUCGGUCUUAGACCAGCUCUGGCCGGACCCGCACUGCUGGGUCCUGGACUGGGUCAUCCCUGGUAA